AUGAGUUCAAAUCAGCCUAGGAAAGAUCAAGGCCAGAAGCGCGAUAACCAAAAGAACGAUCGCCGUAAUCAAGGCAGAAAUGGCAAACCACGUCGUAACACUGACCCACCAAAACCAACAAUUGAAAAAAGAAGCGAAAAUUCUAUUGUCCUUUCUACAAAGGAAGGAUCAAUUCAAAUCCAACCUGCAAAAGCAGCAGAGCAGCAACCACAUCUUGCUAAUGUUCAAAUCACAAAGCCAGAGCAUCCAAAGAUCGAGCUUACACUUUCACCAGAAGCAGCCAAGCUCUCGCAACAACGUCGUGCAGCACAUACAUAUUCUAUUGAAGAGAUCAAAGCUCGCAGACACAACAACGAACUUACAAAUCCAGAUGAGCUCAUGAAUGUCUUCCAGUUCCAUGCAGAACUCCAACUCUACAAGCGUUUCAUGAACAACGCAAGCUCUCGCCGUCGUUCUCAAGUUCAACAAGCCGAUGCUCCUGUUUAUCAGCACCGUAUCAACAACAUCUUGCUUCAAUUCAACGUUAAUACCUUCCAGACCGUUUUCAACGAGCUCUGCUCUCUCGGUAUCAACAGCGAUGUCUUCGUUCUCUCAUUUGUUAACGUCGUAUUCAAACAUGCAGUUCUUAAUCCACCUCUUGCAGCUCUUUUCUCUCUCUUAGCCCACCACAUGAUCUACGUUAUGAAGGGAACAUCGUACGCCGACAAAAUGCGCAACAUGUUCCUCGAAAGAUGCAAUGAGUCCUUUGUCGUUCCAAAGGAGGACACAGACAAGUCCACAAUGAUCCUUCUCUACGGUAUCGUCACAUUCGCUGGUCACAUGAUCCGUGAUGAAGUUGUCAAAUCCGAAUUACUCGGCCAGUGGUCAUCCUCCCUCCUCAAGAGUGGCAUCAACGUCUGCCUCAGACUCCUCAUCGACUUACUUCUCGCUGGAGGAGCCUCCGUCAUCAAAGAACAAGAGACAAUCAUCAAACAAUUGGACGAAAAGAUGAAAGGCGUUACAGACCAGAGCCUCAAGGACUCAUACGCCAAGCUCCUCGACCUCGUCAAGGUCACAGAGUCCGCAAAGGUCACAAUGCAGAAGGAACUCAAGGAUCCAAACAUGAAACACUCACCAUCCGUUGAUACAUCACUCAACGGUGAAUACAAGAAACUCUUCAAGCGCUCAGAUUCAAUCCCUGUCGAUUUGGACUACUUCCAAGAUGAUAUGGAAGAAAAGGACAACAUCGACGGAGCAGUCGAGACAUUCUUCUUAUCUACAAACAUCGCUAACUUUAUUACUAUGUUCAACGAACUCGGAUUCAAGAACGACCUCGAAUCUGCCAAGGAACUCCUCAGAGCCAUCGGAAGACAGACAGAGGCCAACCAGUUGGUCGUAGCAGAGCUCGCUGCCUCUUUGAUCCAGAAGAACUACUUCGAACAAGAAAUGAUCAAAUCCGCCAUGACAGAGUUGGCAGCAGAAGGAAAGGAUGACGAGAAGAUGGGUGUUUGCUUGGCCCACAUCUUUGCUUUACUUGUCAAGGAACAGUUCGUUUCAUUUGAUGAUUUCGUCCAGAUCUUCCACGAAAUGUCCAAUAUCUACAAGGUUGUCAUCCCAAGAUUCUUGUUCUCUAUUUCUGAGAUCAGAGGUGACAUCGCAACAGAUAUUGCUGAAUCAGAGUUCUGGUCACAGCUCAAAUUCGUUGAAGAUGCUGAAGAUAACUUGGAUAGAGCGGAUAUCCUCAAUCUCUGGGAAGUUACAGAGUUCUUCCCUCAGUACGACGCGUUCGAGAGAAUCGCAAAGGCAAAGAAUGGAGAAGAGGCUGCAAAAAUUGUUCAGGACUUCGCAGAGAAAGUUCCAGACGUGAACCAGUACAUCCACUUGGUCAUCGAAGGAUUGACUCAGCUCCCUCCACAGGAAGGAAAGAACGCCGCAGCAAAACUGAAGGGAUACUUCGGAAAGAACAAGAAUGCUGUAGAUCAGGCAGUUGCAUCAAUCGGAGACAAGGCUAAGGCACUCUUCUGA